AUGACUGGCAUGACAGCUUAUGUUGGUUUUUUUGAGUUGUGCUCUCCCAAAAAGGGGGAAACUGUCUAUGUCUCUGCUGCUUCCGGAGCUGUUGGUCAGCUCGUUGGUCAGUUAGCAAAGACCGCAGGGUGUUAUGUUGUUGGGAGUGCAGGGAGCAAAGAAAAGGUCGAUCUCUUGAAGAACAAAUUCGGGUUUGAUGAAGCAUUUAACUACAAAGAAGAGCAAGACUAUAAUGCAGCUUUGAAGAGGUACUUCCCCGAUGGCAUUGACAUCUACUUUGAAAACGUGGGAGGGAAGAUGCUCGAAGCGGUGCUAAACAACAUGAGACUCCACGGUCGCAUUGCUGUUUGUGGGAUGAUCUCCCAAUACAGCCUUGAGCAGCCUGAAUGCGUCCAUAACUUGUCUAACCUAAUAACAAAACGGAUUCGUAUGGAAGGAUUUAUCAUUUUCGACCACUACCAUCUCUACCCGAAGUUCCUGGAGAUGGUUGUGCCUCUAAUCAAGGAAGGGAAGAUCACAUGCGUUGAAGACAUAGCCGAAGGCAUUGAAAGUGCACCUGGAGCUCUCGUUGGCCUAUUCUCUGGUCGCAACGUCGGGAAGCAGUUGGUUGUUGUUGCUCGUGAGUAAGUCUCUGCUUUCUAUGCUUGUCUGCGUUAUUUCUCAGAGUGAAUCAUCGAAAAUGAAUUUGAGGUAUUGUCUCUUUUCAU